CUCGCACCACCACCAAGCACAUCAACAUGGCCGACAUUGCAAUGGCCAGCGCCGUGCCGGACCAGGUGGCCACCAUGAGCCGCCGCGAGCACCUCUCCAAGACCUUUGAGGUGUAUCGUGCCGAGCUGGACGCUUAUAACGAGCGCCGGGAGAAGAUCAUCAUCGUCUCGCGGGCAAUCACGCAGCUGUCGAAAAAGCUCAUCUUCCACCUGCACCGCGGAGCGACCGCCCCGGCGCCUGCCCGCGCCAAGAACCUCAAGGAGGCGCGUGCAAAGGAACGCGAGAUCUGGAACAACUUUGUGGCAAUCCGCAACGAGCUCGCCGCUGGGUCCGAUGACGGCGGCCUGGCCACCUUUUGGAGAUUCAACCGGCAGGUUGCCGGUGGCCUUGAAGAGUUCAUCGAGGGCUACUCGUUCCUGUACUACCUCGAGACUGGCGAGCUCGUGUCCCUCGAGCACCUGCAGGAGCAGCUGACAGAUUCCGAAACGGGCGAGAAUCUGGUGGUCAUCACUCCCGAGGACUACGUGCUCGGCAUGUCUGACCUGACGGGCGAGCUGAUGCGGUACGCCACCAACGCUCUGUCUACCGGCGAUCAUGAUACCCCGCUCGCCGUGUGCAAUUUUGUGCGCACGGUCAAGACGCUGUUUGAUGUCAUCCCGGAGAGCGUUCUGUACAAGCUCAAGAAGAAGCAGGAGGAGACGACUCGCUCGCUCGAGAAGAUUGAGAAGGUGUGCUACGCGCUGCGGCUACGCCUGGUCGAGUUUGGAGACAAACCAGAGGUGUUGCGGGCCAUGGCCAAACGUGCCCUGGACGAGGCCAACAUGUCGUCGAGCGGGGGUGGUGGGGCCACAGAGGCCCGUGACGACUAGGUGGGGCAGCUUGGGCACCUCUUCUAGACUCUUUGUAUCAUAGCAUCGGACCCAGAGGCAUUGGCUUUAUGCGGGG